GCAUCCGAUGCUUCUUUUCGAGUGAUACACAUCGCCAUUUCUCCGAUCCUUCAACUCUUCAACGAUUUGCUCACGAACAACCUCCGAUUCUUCAACAUCUUCGUAUUUUCAAUCAUCUGGUUGUCAUUUAUUCCGUAGAAGGUUUUUCUCCCUCACGCCGUGGCCAUACUCGAUCUCCGCGCCCCAAAGGGUCUCAACUUUCAAGAAUUUGCAAAUGGAAGCCAUCGGAAAACCGAAAAUUGGUAGUUUGUUGGAUAAAAUCCAGCCACCGCGUCUAGAAGACGCAGGCCUUGAGGACUGUGCACUUCCCCCGGAUUCCAUACAAGAAGCAUUCCUCAAGGCUGCAACCGCCGUCCGCUCACGUAUCUUCCAUGCCUCAGACGACGAAUCAGAAGGAGAUUGCAUUAAUGAUCCAUGGCCCACCAUUGGAUCACCAGUUGAUAAACUCGUUGGAAUCACAACCGAGGAGGAUCCUCCAGGCGCUUGUGCUCCAAAGAAAGGCGGUGAGUUACCGGAGAUGACCGGAGACGAGGUGGUGACUGGUGGAAGGGAGGGUAUUCCAGACAAGGUGGUGGAACCGGAGGUGCCGGAUGAAAGGGAGAAAUCGUGUGUUGAUGGACUACAAGGAUUGAAGAUCGGAGAGAGAAAAAAUAUCGGAGGGAAGAAGUCUGAAACUGAGAAGGAAUCAAAGAAAGAUGAAGAAGAAGAGGAGGAAAGGGCUGUUCUGGUUGAAGUUUGUAUAUGAUGAUUGGAAAACGUUUACUAAACUUUAUGCUUCUGGUAGUUGUAAUUUCUGUAUAUGUGAAUUCAAUGGCGAUGUUAUGGGAGACAUGAUGAUCUGAGAUA